AUGAUUUCCCAGCUUAUGGAAUAUUGUCUGGAUGGAGUAUUCAUGGUAUCCAUGGAUGCCCGAUAUUUCUUGGCACAAGAUCAUCCAUAUAGAGUCGAUACAAAUCAUUUUUUACAAGGGAAGACCGUCAAAAACCAGAUGCCUUAUAGGUCUACAGGAGUCGAACUAUGGAAUGCUAUCUCAGGAAUAAAGUUUGCAUUUGAAGACCCUGAUGGAUAUCCACUAGGUUAUGGAGUAUCCCAUAAGUGGACGAAGAAGAGGAGGACAAAGGACAAUAUUAAUGCUAGGAAGGACAUAUUCUUGCUUUACAACCAUCCGGAGCUUCACAUAGACCCACAAAGCGGGAUGAAUAGAAUGAAUAGAAGUGGUUGUAAGUUGAUCGGUCUAAAGAGCCAUGACUUUCAUGUUUUCCUAGAAAGACUUUUGCCAAUUGAUUUUAAGAAUUUUCUCCCCAACUUUGUAUGGGCCACACUAACAGAUUUAAGUAAUUUUAUGCAUGACCUAAGCUCUACCACUUUGUCGAAAACUAGUAUGGAUAACUUGGAACUUGCGGCUCCGGUUAUUCUUUAUAACUUAGCAAAAAUAUUUCCACCCGCAUUCUUCGACUCAAUGGAGCAUCUUCUCGUGCAUUUACCAUACGAGGCAAAUGUUGGAGGACCAGUUCAAUACCGAUGGAUGUAUCCUUUCGAACGGUUUCUUCACACCAUAAAGCAAAAAAUAAAAAAUAAAUCCCUGAUCGAGGCAUCCAUUUGCAAUGCCAACAUUCUUCAAGAGAUCACGGCAUUUUCUUCUCACUACUUUGAACCAGAUAUUCAAUGUAAACAACGAAUACCACAGAGAAAUACAAAAGGACCAUUGAACCUUAAACAACCAUCCAAGUCCAUUUUCAAUUAUCUUGGACGUAGUAGUGGAGCUAAAAGUAAAAGAUACUUAGAUAGUGAAGAGUUAUUGGUGGCUCACACGUAUGUUCUACUAAACUGCCCCAAGUUGAAAGAAGGAUUACAGGCUGCAUCAAUAGAUAGAGAAUUCGCCACUUGGUUUCGAUGUCAGGGGAUUCAAGUAACUUACUUACUAUAUUAUGUUUCCUAUGGGCCACUAACACCUGCUACCUCUAUUCCCAUAUAUUUUGUUAACGGAUAUGUUUGGAGGCCAAAAGAUUACGGGUCUAAUAGAUCAACCAUGAACAGUGGUGUAUGUGUCAAAGCAAAUGAUGCGGAAUAUUAUGGACUACUAGAAGAUAUCAUACAACUUCAAUAUCCAGGACCGUAUAUGGGUGUUGUCUUAUUUAAGUGUGUGUGGUUUGACCCAACAAGGGGCACAAGAAUGAACGAUAACUAUAGACUUGUUGAGGUUAACAUGAAGCGAAAGUAUCUUAGAUACGAUCCAUUCAUUCUAGCACAACAAGCCAUACAAGUGCACUAUAGUCCAUAUCCAAGCAGAACAUCAAGACAAUCCUCUUGGAUGUCCGUAUGUAAAACCAAGGCUAGAGGGAAAGUGGAGGAACAAUGGACCGAUGAUAAUGUGAUGUAUCAACAAGAGGUUCCUAUAACUAGUAUCCAUAUCGAAUUGCCACUAAAUAUUCGGUCAUACGAUGUAAGUAACAUGCGUGACCCUAACAACAUUAUCUACAUGGAACUAGAAGGGGAAAAUGUGGAGCAUGAUUUUGAAUCAGGAGAAUGUGACAAUGUAACAAAAAUUUCUCUUGAUUCGGGUGGAAGUACAGAUUCAAAUGACUUAGAACAAGUUGAUGUUGAAGCAAAUGAAUUUAUAUACUAA